AUGUCUUCAGGGUUUGCUGCGUUGUGUCUCCUGCUCCUGCACUCUGGAGCUCAGGGCUUUGGGAUAUUGCCAGGAGAGUCUCUGAAUCACCUGGAAAUCACGGAAAAAGCGAUUUUAAAUUCUACCUUGCAGGUGUGCCGUGCUUUGGCCCAAGCUGAGGGGAUAGACUUCACUUUUCCUCCUUUCACCGCAGAUGCUGUUGCUGUGGCCUGCGGCGCACCAGAGUCGUCCAAGAGUUUCCGCCAAGCCAUUACAUUUAUCACACUGAGGAAUAUACGGGUAGACAUUCGUCAUGCCCUUAAUGCAAGCUUCCACUUUGAUGAAGAAAUGUUUGUUCAAGGAAGGAAAAUCAUCACUGAGGGAAUACAGGCUGUGAAAGCAAGCAACAAACAGGAAAACUUUGAGGCAGCGAGGCAGAAAGUGGGAGAGGUUCUACAUCCCUUACAGGACUUCUACAGUCAUAGUAACUGGGUGGAACUAGGAAACAAACUGCCAAACUCUAAUCUGAUCAGAUCAGACACCAGCAUUGGUAACAUAGCAGAUAAAAGCAGGGCAACAUGUCGCAACUGUGAUGGAGACGACUGCAGGAACAACAUCUUGGAGGACAUCAUAGAGGAGAAGGUACUGACCUCUGGAUAUUUUGGUAUAGUGCCUUUCGCCUCAACCAAACCAAAGGGAAAAUGCAGUCACGGAGGAGCAGUUGAUCAAACAAGCUUCAUUGAACCUAAAGGUGGGAUCAACAAAGACUAUUUCACAGCCAGCCACGGACACCUCCACACUGAUGCAGCAAAUUUGGCGAUAGCUGCAACUAGUGAGCUACUGGAGGACAUUCGAGAGGCUGCUGGUGACAGACCAUUCCUCCAGAUGUUGGGAGUCUCCAAAGGAUCCAGUAAAGCUCUUUGUUUUGUGAUUGACACCACAAAAAGCAUGAGCGAUGACAUUGAAGCAGUGAGGACAGUCACUUCCUCCAUAAUCAACAGUGAAGUGGGAACAGAAAAUGAGCCCUCAGUUUACAUUCUUGUACCAUUCAACGAUCCAGAUUUUGGGCCAUUGAAAAAGACUACAGACCCACAAGUCUUCAAGACUUACAUUAAUUCAUUAUUAGCAGCCGGAGGGGGGGAUGAGGAGGAACUGAGUCUUUCAGGGCUUCAGCUGGCUUUAACCAGUGCUCCUUCAAAUUCUGAGGUCUUCCUCUUCACGGAUGCUCCUGCUAAAGACAAACAACUGAAAAGCACAGUGGCCGCACUGAUAGAGCGGACACAAACAGUGGUGAAUUUCAUGAUUUCUGGCUCAACGGUGCUCAAUCGUAGGGAACGGAAUGAUGACAACCAGAUAUCUCCCAGGAUAGCAGCAUCAGAUGCCCAGCUGUACAGAGACCUGGCUCAGGCGUCAGGAGGUCUGGUUAUUGAAGUCACAAAGAGUGAGCUCCCCGUGGCCACCAGCAUCAUAACAGAGUCCACCAGCUCCUCUCUGGUAACCCUUCUACAGGCAUCCAGGAGCCCAGGAAAGACAGAUACUUUUUCUUUUAUAGUUGAUGAAACAGUAACAAACCUUAGAGUUUACAUCACUGCGCGCUCUGUCAAUGUCACUCUUAUCAGCCCCACAGGGGAAUCUCAGCAAAGCACUGACACAACAGGAUCGUUGAUAACUGCAUCCCAGUCAGUGGGAAACUUCAAGACUCUGCUACUAAAAAGCCAAGCUGGACUGUGGGAAAUAAAAAUGGUGUCAACUAAUCCCUACACUCUUAAGGUCAUAGGUAAGAGUCCUAUUGACUUCCUGUUUGACUUUGUGGAGGUAUCACAGAUCCCUUUCACAGGAUAUGAUUCUCUUGACACACGUCCCAGAGCUGGUGUCAACGGAAGCUUGUUAGUGUCUUUGACGGGAAGUGACUCUGCCACUGUGACAGAGGUCACUCUGGUUGAAUCGUCAGGGUCGGGGGAGAUUAAAGGAGUGGUGGAGCCACAGGGGAGUGGAAACUUCCUAGUUCAUGUUGACAUGAUACCGUCGGUGGAGUUUGUGGUGCGGGUGAAGGGGCAGGAUGACAGUGUUGCCACCAUAACUUCAUCAAUAGUCUUCCAAAGGCAGUCACCCACCAACUUCAGGGCCUCUAAUCUGACUAUAACUGCUGAUUCCAGUAGCAUCAUGGUACCAGGAACACCAUUCUCUGUGCCCUUCUCUGUGAUAACCAGUGGAGUAGGGGGAAACUUCACCAUCCGAUCCACCAACAACCGAGGUUUUGACUCAACAUCUCCAACCAAUUUAUUCCUGGAAACCGGGAAUAGUGCUAAUGGUACAGUGACCCUCUCAGCACCUCUUAACACCCCAUCUGGUGCUGACGUCACCCUGACUAUUGAGGUUGUGGCUCCCGAGGGUGAAGAUACAAACUAUGUUGUGCUGCGUUUCUCCAUUGUUAACACGGUGACCGAUUUUACUCAGCCCGUGUGUGAGCUGCUCAGCCUACAGUCCAACUGUUCAGAUAACUGCAGCUCAUCGAUGUGGAAGCUCUCUGUUAAGGUGUCUGAUGGGGCUGAAGGGACGGGUGUUGAGCGUGUAAACCUCAGACGGGGCAACGGGACCAUGAACACCAGCUUGGCCGCUGGAAAUGAGAACAUAACACUGAUUUCCUACAGUUCUUCUUGCUGUUCACCUGAUAUGGAGCUGCUGGUUGUGGAUCGAGUGGGUAAUGUCGGCACCUGUUUGUACAACUAUCGGGAAGGUUCACAAGCCGCUUUAUCUUCUUCCACAAAAGUCAUUCAUCUUUUCCCAAGUAUACUGGUAUUAGGACUCUAUAUACUGACAGAACUAGUCAUCCAUUGA